AUGAAUCUAUGUUCAAAUCAAUCAACAUGCAUUUUGCAUUUGAAAUCUUUUUUAUUUUUUCAUACUCAACAUCUUAUUAAUAAAUGUCGUAUGAUUAAAUUAAAAUCUACUCAACUAAAUUAUUCAUGUGUUACUGAUAAAUUUAUAUCGUUUAACAUUUUCAAUCAACCAAAGAAAAAUGUUUCCGGUGUAAUGUACACAAAAGUUACCAUCAUUGUAUGUUUAUGUAUUGUCGUUUUUGUUAGUUUACUUGCUUUUAUUUGUUCGUAUAUUGAAAAUUUUUCGAUUGACAAAGAAAAAUAUUCAACGAUGAAUGAAAUUCAGUUUAAUACACAAUCGAUCUAUGAUAAUCAAAGCAAACAAGAGUAUGAAUUGAAAAUUUUAUCAUUAAUUGAAUCAUCAUCGUCGUCGUCGUCGUCGACGACGUUAACAUCUCGUUACAACAAGAAUAGUAUUAAAAAUCCAAGUGAAUAUGAUAAUUUAACAAAAGAUACACAUCAAUUAUCUGAAUCACCAUCUCAACUGAAAAUUAAAUUUUAUGAAAACUAUCAAUUAAAAUAA